CGCCCCUGGCAGCAGCGGGCGCGGCGCGGCGGGCUGGACGCGGCGGUGGCAGCGGCGGGGGCAGCGGCGGGGGCGGCGACGAUCGAGGUCGAGCCGCGCGGAGCCCGAACCCUUCGCUCGCCCGCCCUGCGCCCUCGGCUCCCGCCCUACGCCCGCUCCGCGCGCAGCCUGGCCCGAGGAGACAUGAGCGCCCGGCGGCCCGACGCAUCCGAGGCGCAGCGGCCCGGCCCCGCAGCCCCGUGAUGGGCUCCUGCGUGUCGCGAGAUCUGCUCACAAGUGCCCACAAGGACUGUCCUAUGCCCCAGGGCACGGACCUCCUGAACCCACAUCUACCCUCCAGCCACCCACCAACCUUUGCUCCAGACAAUGUCACUGGCAAGGACAAACAGAUGGAUUUCUGUUGGGAUCCUUGGCAGAGGUGCUUCCAGACCACCAACGGCUACCUGUCUGACUCCAGAGCCUGUUCCAGCAAUUACAGCGUAGCAGCCCUGGCCACCGCAUCCCUUGUGGGGGUGGUGCAGAGCAUCAAGGACCACAUCACAAAGCCCACGGCCAUGGCCCGUGGCCGAGUGGCCCACCUCAUCGAGUGGAAGGGCUGGAGUGCCCAGCGGUCAGGCUGGGAGCUGUCCCCUGCCGAGGACGAGCAUUACUGCUGCCUCCCGGAUGAGCUGUGUGAGGCUCGCUUUGCUGCAGGGGUUGCAGAGCAGUUUGCUAUCACGGAAGCCACUCUGAGCGCCUGGUCCUCACUGGAUGAUGAAGAGCUGCACCUUGAAAACAGCACCCUGGACGCCCUCCAGCUGCAGGACCUGGAGAGCAUCUACCUUCAGGACAGCCUUCUGAGUGGCCCCUCGCAGGACGACAGUCUCUUGGCCUUCUCCUCCCCUGGCCUCUCCCCUGACGGCUGGCCCUCACCUGAGGAACCCCCCAUCACAGCUGCUGAUCCCCAACCACCCAGCCCUGCACAGCAGCAUCGACGACGGCUGCCAGGGGGUCCUGGAUCUGAAGGUGGGGUGCACCUACAAGGCUCCCUGCCCUCGGUGGACAGUGGCUCGCUCUCAGAGGAGGAGGAUGAGGUGUUCUAUAACUGAGGCUGGGCUGGGCCGGGCCAGCACCUGCUCAUAUCACCACUUGGGCUGGUGGAGCUCAUGCAUAAUAGGACCCUGGAGUCCACUGCUAAGCAUCUCUUGACUCCUCGGGCCAGGCAUGGAGUGGGGUGCAGCAAGGAUAGGGUCAGCUGUCCUGUGGACCACUCUGUGCCUCUGUGGACUGGCCACCAGCGCUGAGAGCCAUAAUCACCAUUCUCUCUGUACUCGUCUCAGGUGGGCACCUUCCCCUCCAGGGUUUCUGCCCUUAGCAAGCUCAAGGACUCUCAGCAGAUACCACAGUUGGUCCCAAGGGAAUUGACAGCCAUGUCCCCAGGCAGACACCCAUGGAAGGAUCUGGAGAACCACUUAGAGUGGGGUCUGGGAACUCAGCCUUGAGUCUGGGCUUAACCCCAACUCACUUCCCUUGUGAACCUGCCCUAUGGAAAGUGGUGCCACAUCUUUGGGUAGCUGAGAGCCACUCCUCAACCCUCUUCAGUCUCUGGAGGGACUGUCCGUCACACACCCUCUCACCUGCCUCCUUUGUGACCCUCUGCUCCCCACCCCAGGAAGCCUGCUCCCUCUCCUUGUAUCCCUGCCAUCCCCCUCAAAUUUCUCUGGUGACAUUA